AUGCGCACUUGCACGUGCUUUCCCGGUGCUCGUGCACAUUAUCUCCAGAGCGUCCUCUGCCGGCUAGACCGUGACAGAACCCCCCCCCCCCCCCCCCCGAAGGCGCCUCUCCUGGAGCGCCAAAGAGCACCUCCCUCCAACGGUGGUCCUGGGCCCCUGUGUAAUCUGUCCUUUAAUGUAUCAGGAAACAGGGCAGCCUCAGCCGGGCAGCAGACAGGCGGAGCACCACCCCCAGUGGGGCUGGGGCAUUGGGUGAUGUCUACCACGGGGUUGGAGCUCAGGGCGAUGUCCUCGGCAGGACUGGAACGCUGGGCGACGUCCUCGGCGGGGCUGGAGCUCGGAGGGAAGUCCUGGGCAGGGCUGGAGCUCGGAGGGACGUCCUCGGCAGGACAGGACAGCGGGACAGCUUCCUCGGCAGCCGCGACCUCCCUGCGGGUCUCUGGCUGGAGCUCCGAGAUCGCCAAGUUGACCUCGGGCCUGAACUCCGAGGUCACCAAGUUGACCUCGGGCUGGAGCGCUGAGGUCGCCAAGUUGACCUCGGGCUGGAACUCCGAGGUCGCCAAGUUGACCUCGGGCUGGAGCGCUGAGGUCGCCAAGUUGACCUCGGGCUGGCGCCCUGGAGCUGAGACCUCCCCAUAGGUCUCUAGCUGGAGCUCUGAGGUCGCCAAGUUGACCUCGGGCUGGAGCUCUGGAGCUGAGACCUCCCCGCCGGUCUCAAGCUGGAACGCUGAGGUCACCUGGUUGACCUCCAGCGGGAGUUCCAAAGCCGCCCUGUUGACCUCGGGCUGGAUCUCUGCACGGGCGUUCCGGUGUAGUUAUUUUUGCUCUGCCCAAUCCCGGGCCGGACCAUGAAACCAGGAUACUAGGAACCCCAGCCACCGUUUCUUGGUAGGCUUGGGGGAUGCCAGGCUGGCGAUGUACACUUGGCUGUGAAACAGGAACAGCAGUGGGUGGUUCCCCCACCCAUACAUCUCCAGUGGGAGUUCGGCGGCUGUCCUUUGUGGAAACUGGACAGAGAGGAGACACGGCCAGUAAUAUGAGCAUCUCCUGACCAGGCGCUCUCCUGCUACUUCCAUGUUACUGGUGCGGUAUUCUGUUACAAGACAGGACUCAAAACAGGAAGUAAGCGCAUGAGUGAUGUCUUUAUUUAGACUUAAGCUAAGGACAUGAAACUGAAACACUUAUCCCUUAACUCGGAAUGAGGCUUGAAGCACAAAAAUGUAGAACAGGACUAUGACUUGAAACACUCGCUUAACUCAG